UGAAUAUGAUUCUACUGCAACCAUAGCUAAACUGACAUGAUGUAAUUAGAUGCUUUCGUAGUAUGAUGGACUUAGGAGAGAGCUGAACUCAUCGUUAAUGGAGCGUUGUCCUAAUGUUACAGCCACCGUUCAAAUGGACAUGUAAGAAGAGAGAGGAUCAGCCCGGAGUUUCGGUGACAAUGUCCGAAUUCCUGACACGCCCACACAUACCUACGCAAAUAGAGGAGAUGCCAAGCAGUGAUACGACCACAGCAUUAGUGCAUGUGAAAAAAUGAAUACCUUCAUAUAUGUUUUAAAAAUGUGGAGACCUGUGGUCUGCCCAAAUCACAUACACAUACAUAUAACGAUCAUUAGUAAUAAUAAUUCACUGACAAUAAUAUAGAGA